GGUCGGCGAGCGCCGGGAGUCUCUCAGCAGACCCGCAGAACCGCCCGACGACAGGAACCGCGUCCUCCCCCGACUUCUUUCCACGUCCACGCUCACGAACGACACGACAUGAACGGCCACUGCAACGGAACCGGCAACGUGGUGGAGGAGUUCCACGGCAGCGGCGGCUUCGGCAGCCUCAUCAUAGACACCAAGAAGCCCGCCCUGCACCGCAAGCACGAGACGUCCCGCAAGGAGGCGGAGGACGAGUCCCUCCUACCUGCGCUCGAGGCCGCCUACACCUGCAUCCUGCGGGAGCUCGGGGAGGACACGGACCGGCAGGGGCUGCUGCGCACCCCGCUGCGCGCCGCCAAGGCCAUGCAGUUCCUCACCAAGGGCUACCACGAGACGGUGGAGGACGUUCUGAACGAUGCCAUUUUUGAUGAAGACCACGAUGAGAUGGUGAUCGUGAAGGACAUAGACAUGUUUUCACUGUGUGAACAUCACAUGGUUCCCUUCUUUGGCAAGGUCCACAUCGGUUACAUCCCCAACAAAAAGGUUGUGGGACUGAGCAAACUGGCAAGGAUUGUGGAGAUCUAUAGUCGGAGGCUUCAAGUUCAAGAGCGCCUGACCAAGCAGAUCGCCACGGGACUGGCUGAGGCGCUGCAGCCCAAAGGUGUCGCUGUGGUUAUCGAAGCCGCGCACAUGUGCAUGGUGAUGCGCGGCGUCCAGAAGAUGAACAGCCGCACGGUGACCAGCACCAUGCUGGGAGUUUACCUGGAAGACCCCAGGACCCGGGAGGAGUUCCUGACUCUUGUACGUUAAAGCCUUACAGACGGCGCACACUAUUCAUUCCCAAGCCUCUGUACACAGUAUCACACAAAAAGCCCCGGAGCAACAGUGGAUCUGUAUCUGACUUCGCUUUAUGUAAAUGACAAAGCUGUGUCUAGAUACAGGAUCCUACUCUGGAAUUCACCUCAUUACACUGAAGCCUGGAAGAUUUCUACUACUGAAAUCAUUUGAAUCACUGUGAACACACACACACACACACACACACACACACACACACACACACACACACACA